AUGGUUGCUACGGUGAGUAACCAAUCGAAUAAAUCAAAAGAUGAAGUUGAUUACGAUGAUCUACUGACAUCAGCCGGCGAGUUAGGAUGGUAUCAAUGGAGAUUAUUCUUCGCCGUUUGUCCUUUCUUCGCUUUCGGAGCGUUUUCAUACUUUUCACAAAUAUUCAUAACAGAAACAUCACCAAACUACUGGUGCAGAAUACCAGAGUUGGCAAACAUGACUGAUAUUUCGCGCAGAGAUCUCGGUAUUCCUAAAGAUGUGAAUUCAAGAUUUGGGUAUUCACAAUGUGAGAUGUAUGCAGUUAAUUGGACUGAGGUGCUGGCAGCUGGACAGGAGCCUAAUUCAAAUUGGAGUAAAGUGCCGUGUCAACAUGGAUGGGAAUUCAAUAAAACCGAAAUACCAUAUCCUACCAUAGGAAGUGAUAUGGAAUGGGUUUGCGACAAAAAUAGUUACCAGGCGACUGCUCAGUCUAUGUUUUUCGUCGGUAGUAUUCUUGGCGGGAUUAUUUUAGGUUGGGUUGCUGAUCGGUUCGGAAGGAUACCAGCCAUUAUAAGCAGCUGCCUUGUUGGCUGUAUAGGUGGCGUUGCUAGCACGUUUGCACGAAAUUUCAUAGAAUUCACAGCUGCAAGAUUUGUAAUGGGUAUAUCAUAUGAUACUUGCUUAACCAUGCCGUACCUCGUCAUUUUAGAAUAUAUAGCGCCAAAAUAUAGAACCUUUGUAGCAAAUUUUUCGUUUGCGGUGUUUUUUUCUCUAUUUAUCACUACGCUUCCUUGGAUAGCUUUAGCUUGCGGCCACUGGAAAAUUAUUUCAUUAGCAACUAGCUUGCCCUUAGGUUUCGCAGUAUUCACAAAAUUCGUUUUACCAGAAAGUCCGAGGUGGUUGUUGUCUAAAGGCUACGUGGAUGAAGCUACUCAGAAAAUACUUGUCAUUAGCCGAACAAAUAAAAAGAAACUACCACCGGGGAUAAUAGAAAAAUUUAAGUUAUCAACGUCCAAAAGCACAAAGGAGCAGAAUCAAAAUUGGUUGGAAUGUUUAAGGAGACCAGGAACAAGAAAAAUGUUUAUCCUAAUGUGUUUGGAAUAUACGUGUUGUGUCAUAGUAUUUGAUGGAAUAGUGCGGUGUAUUGGACAGUUGGAUUAUGACUUCUUUAUAACUUUUUCAGCAAUGUCUUUUACAGAAUUACCGUCAGUCCUAAUCGUAGCAUUUGCGAUGGAUUACACAGGAAGACGAUGGUUAUGUAUAGUGUCUAUGGGUAUAGGCACCAUAUUUUGUAUUUUGAUAAUAUUUAGUACUACUGGGAUGCAUAGUAUGAUAUAUGCUGUUGUAGCAAGAUUUGGAAUAAACAUAGGGUUUAGUGUAUCACUGCAAUGGUGUGCGGAGAUUCUCCCAACUUCAGUAAGAGGAUCUGGAAUAGCCAUGGUACAUAUUUGUGGAUAUAUUGCAACGCUUUUAUCACCAUACAUAGCGUACUUGCAGGUAUUUUACUAUUGGCUACCAUUGACAAUUUUUAGUGUUAUAUGUGCUUUGGGAAUGAUAAUCGCUUUCGCCCUACCGGAAACUGCACUAAAAGCAAUGCCAAAUACAUUUGAAGAAGCAGAUGAGUUAUCCAGAAAUCAGUGUUUAUUUUCUAUACCAUUCUUAGAAGCUAGAAGGGAGAACAAUAAAGUAGUGGGACAAAAUAAUCCAAGUUUUGAAUGUGAAUUAUAA